AUGGAGAAUCUUCAUGCCCCUACAGUGCCUUCGGGACCAACGUCCUCACGCACAACGAAUGGAACCCAAAUCAACGGUAUCACCUCCUUUGCGCAAUUGCAAGCCAAGAAGGACAAUAUAGAAGCGGAGAUCCGUGCUUUGAGCAGUGUUUUGGACUCUCAUGGCGUCGAUAUGAAUACAAGCCUCAUUACCCCUGAUGGAUUUCCACGGGCAGAUUUGGACGUUGCGCAAAUUCGAACAACGAGAGCGCGCAUUAUUUACCUUCGAAACGAUUACAAAACCCUUAUGACUGUUAUUGAAAAGCACAUACACGAACAUUUUGCAAACCUAGCAGCGAAUGGUGCAACGGAGGAAGCAACACGCACUUCUGUCCCAACGAAUGCAAGUAUAACCUCACCACCAUCACAGCCUGCACAGAUUCUAGGACCUCCUUUUGCGAAGGUCAACAGUGUAGUAGCAGGAAGCCCAGCAGAGUCUGCUGGCUUGAAGGCCGGAGAUGAAAUUAGAAAUUUUGGAUACGUCAAUCAUACAAAUCAUGAUGGUCUGAGGAGAGUGGGAGAAUGCGUGCAAGGGAAUGAAGGACGCGAUGUCCUUGUAAAGGUCUCUCGACCUUCAGGCGGUCGGCGGCAGGAGCUACAACUAACUUUAAAACCUAAACGAGAUUGGGGAGGUCGAGGGCUCCUUGGUUGUCAUAUUCUACCGUUAUGA